AGGUGCAUGAGAUUUCGACCACCUUCCUCUGUGGUCAGGGCUAUAAAUCCUUCAUCUGUGAAUCUGCGGCAGUGGGCCAGACUCAGAGUAAAGAGAAUCUGUGUUACAUCAAAACCAACACAGCUGCCCAUUAGACAGCAGACUGAAGACUUCCAUCACAGAUUCCUGCUUUGACUCUAGUUUCUGUAGCUGAAAAUAAACCCCUGCAGUGUUCAGGAUGCGCGUGAUCUCAUCGGUCUUUUUAGCCUUUGUGGCUCUUUCGCUGCUCCCGUCCAUUGAGUCAAAGAGACCAGGAAAGGGCAGAGGACUUAAACGUGCGAGGCAGAAACUUACACGGGAAAGGUCAAGGAUGAAGGCUCUGCGGCGUCAGAGCAGAUCAGGCUUUUCUGGGAUUGUUAUACCGAACUGUUCAGAGAUGACUCAAUCUGGAGAAAUAUAUCUGGAUUGUCAGGACCAAAGUCUCACUUCCAUCCCCAUGGCAAGCACCUGGUCCAGAGUACCUAACCAUCUCCUUCUGGCCCGCAACCAAAUUAAAGCGCUCCGCAGUGGAUCCUUCCUUGGAUAUGAACGUUUAUCCAGUCUGGAUCUUCAACAGAAUCAGAUCUCACAGGUGGAGGAAGACGCUUUUCAGGGUCUAACUCACCUAACCACCCUGCUGCUGCAACACAACCAACUGAGAACGCUCAGCGAAGAGGCGCUCAUCCCAAUGCCAAACCUUCAGUAUCUGCGUCUCUACGACAAUCCCUGGAAAUGUUUCUGUCCAAUGGAAAGCCUCAUACGCACUCUUCAAGUCCCAAGCAACCGUAACCUAGGAAACCAUGCCAAGUGUGCAGAACCGGUCAGCCUUAAGGACAGGAAGCUGAAGCAGAUUAAUCCUGACUUACUGUGUGAGGAAUUCGGCAAAAACGUCAACGUCACUCAAACUGUAGAGCCCAAUCCGAUCCGCGGCAAAUUAGACGCCACCGCGCUGUGCCACACUUACCUUUUCCCCGUCACAUGGAUGGACUGCAGGAACCGAGGUCUAACGGAGGUGCCUUCAGGUAUUCCAGACAAUGUUGUUCGGGUCGAUCUGUCCCUUAAUAAAAUCCAUCAUCUCAAACCCAGAGAUUUCCAAGGAGCAAAAAGCCUCAGAAUCCUAAACCUCAGCAGCAACGACAUGCAGCGGAUCGACACAGGGUCCCUGUCUGGGCUUUUACACCUUCAAGAGCUGGACCUGUCAUCCAACCAGCUGCAUUUUGUUCAGUAUGGAGUUCUUGAAGAUUUGUACUUUUUGUCCAAGCUAAAACUAGGAGGAAACCCUUGGAUGUGUGACUACAAUAUACACUACAUGGUAUACUGGCUACGUCUGCAUCCAGGGGUGAAGUACUCUGGCCUGCUGUGCCAAUCUCCUCUACAAUAUAUUGGGGAGAGAGUGGAGGACUAUGUGCAUUCCUACAACAGAGACUGUCCUAAGGACAGACAGCUCAGCAAACCGGAUCAAAACCAAAGGGACGCCGAGCUUUGGGACUCACCAAUGGAACUACAAGGAGCAGUAGAAGAAGAAGAGUUGGAGCCGAGCCAUCUGAGAGCGCCACAAAAAUACCAGAUCUUCCGACUGGCCUGACUCAAGUGAUUUGUUUUUAAUAAAGACUUUUUUUCUCACUUUCUGUCAAUACAGUACAACAGUUUGCAUCAGAUUGCUAUGUUGCAUUUUGAUUUUUCCUUUUUACAGUUUGUCAGCUAAUUCAUAAUAUAAACAGUCCCACUGCGGCUGGUUUGACUUUAGCAUUUUAAACAGCACGGCUAACUUUUGAUCACCUAUGGAUAUUGGCACAAGUAAAAGACAUAAGAAGCCAUAAAUAAAGAAAUUAAAACUCACUGA